GCUCGCAGCUCCCCAGCCCCAGAGCCUCUCGACCGCAAGACAAAAUGCUGAGCAAGACGAUGCUGCGCUCGGGCGCCUCCUCGCCGCUGCGCAAGACGCUGCUGCAGCGCGCGUUCGCCACGUCGGGCGGCGACUCGCCCAAGGCCGUCGACGGCGUGCGCAUCAACCGCUACAGCGCCACCGUGACGCAGCCCAAGGCGCGCGGCGCCUCGCAGGCCAUGCUGUACGCCACGGGCAUGACCGAGGAAGACAUGGACAAGCCGCAGGUGGGCAUCGCCUCCAUGUGGUGGGAGGGCAACCCGUGCAACAUGCACCUGCUGGACCUGGCGGGCGAGGUGAAGAAGGGCGUGAACGCCGCGGGCCUCGUGGGUCUGCGCUUCAACACGAUCGGCGUGAGCGACGGCAUCAGCAUGGGCACGGACGGCAUGAGCUACAGCCUGCAGUCGCGCGACCUGAUCGCCGACUCGAUCGAGACGGUCAUGGGCGGCCAGUGGUACGACGCGAACAUUUGCAUCCCCGGCUGCGACAAGAACAUGCCUGGGUGUGUGAUCGCCAUGGCGCGCGUGAACCGUCCGUCGCUGAUGGUGUACGGCGGCACCAUCCGUGCUGGCUGCAGCUCCAAGGGCGAGACGCUCGAUGUCGUCUCGGCUUUCCAGGCCUACGGCGAGUACAUUGCUGGCCGUAUCACUGAGGAAGAGCGCCAUGACAUCAUUCGCAACGCUUGCCCUGGAGCGGGUGCUUGCGGCGGCAUGUACACUGCCAACACGAUGGCUACGGCCAUUGAGACGCUGGGUCUGAGUCUGCCGUUCUCUUCCAGUUUCCCUGCUGACUCGCCCGAGAAGCAAAACGAGUGCGUCCACGCCGGUGAGGCGAUCAAGGUUCUGCUCGAGAAGGACAUCAAGCCGCUUGACAUCCUGAGCCGCGAGGCUUUCGAGAACGCCAUCACGGUCACCAUGGCUCUGGGUGGAUCCACCAACGCCGUGCUGCACCUGAUCGCUAUCGCUCGUGCCGCGAACAUCCCGCUUUCCAUCAACGACUUCGAGAGGAUCAGCGAGCGCGUGCCGUUCCUCGCCGACCUCAAGCCCAGUGGCAAGUUCGUGAUGGAGGACAUCCACCGCGUGGGUGGCACCCCCGCUGUCCUGAAGUACCUGUUGAACCAGGGCUUCAUCCACGGCGACUGCCUGACUGUGACGGGCAAGACGCUCGCGGAGAACCUCGAGCAGGUGCCCGAUCUCUCGGACAACCACGAGAUCAUCCACCCCGUGGACCGCCCGCUGAAGUCCAGCGGACACCUGCGCAUCCUGCGCGGUGACCUGGCCCCGGAGGGUUCGGUGGCUAAGAUCACCGGCAAGGAGGGUCUUGUCUUCACUGGUACGGCGAAGGUGUACGACUGCGAGGAGGACAUGAUGGCUGGUCUGGAGAACAACGAGAUCACGAAGGGAAGCGUUGUCAUCAUCCGCUACGAAGGCCCCAAGGGUGGCCCCGGCAUGCCGGAGAUGCUUGCCCCGACGUCUGCGAUCAUGGGCGCUGGCCUCGGCAAGGACGUUGCCAUGCUCACUGACGGCCGCUUCUCUGGCGGUUCGCACGGCUUCAUCAUCGGCCACAUCACGCCCGAGGCGCAGGUUGGUGGCCCCAUCGCUCUGGUGAAGAACGGCGACAAGAUCACGGUGGACGCGGAGAAGAACCGCAUCGACCUGGUGGACGUGACUGCUGAGGAGCUGGCGGAGCGCAAGAAGCAGUGGGUCGCUCCUCCUCUGAAGGCCACUCGCGGCACUCUGUACAAGUUCAUCAAGAACGUGAAGUCUGCCUCGGAGGGCUGCGUCACGGACGAGUAA